CCACGGAAAAGUUGGCUGUGCCUUAGAAGGAGCGGUGACGCGCGGGCCCCUUUUGCGCGCUCAGAUGUGGUUUGGUCCUUGUAAUAUGUGUGUGAGUGUGUGUGCGCGCGUGUGUGUUUCUGUGUGUGUGUGUAGGGGGUAAGGUUUUGUGCAGAGGGCGGGGGCGCGGCUGAGCAGUCUUGGAGCCCAGGCUGUGCGCGGACCUGGUGGUUCAAGGAUGUCAGGAGGCAGUUUUUGGAGAGAGCGCAGCAGAGCGCACUGAUCCAGUGUCAGACCGCCGCUGGUGGACUUUAACCCGGGGACAAAGCUCCAUCACCUCACCUGCACGGAGGAACCCUCUCCCGCUCUCAGUCUCCCUCUCUCCCUCACACUUCCCUCUCAUUCCGGGGGUGAAUUGUGCGCAGUUGUUCUUCGUGGAUGGAGCGCGCACGGGACUGUGGCUCCUCCGCUGGGAUGUUAGUUCUCGGGGUGCUGCUGGUGCUCCGGCCCGCGCUGGACGGAGUCUGGGGGUUCAACCUUCACGCAGAGCAUCCCACGGUUUACAGGGGACCCGGUGGAAGUUAUUUCGGUUACUCAGUGGACUUCUACCAAGACUCCGCCGACAGCAACACGAUCAGUGUGUUGGUGGGGGCCCCUAAGGCGAACACCUCCCAGCCUGGCAUCGUGGAGGCUGGAGCUGUCUACUACUGCCCAUGGCCUGGCCUGCCUGACAGCUGCAGGCAGAUACCGUUUGACAGUUCCAAUAACAGAAUGAUGAAGGUGAAUGGCACCAGGGAGCCUGUGGAAUUCAAGUCACACCAGUGGUUUGGAGCAUCUGUCAGGACACACAAAGGAAAAGUGGUGGCCUGUGCUCCGCUCUACCACUGGCGCACAGUGAAGCUGAGUGGGGAGAAGGAACCUGUGGGGACUUGCUAUGUGGCCGUGCAGAACUUCAGCGCCUACGCAGAGUACUCUCCGUGCAGGACCAGCGAUCCAGACCCAGAGGGGCAGGGGUUCUGCCAGGCUGGCUUCAGUGUGGAUUUCACCAAGGAAGGAAAGCUGGUGGUGGGAGGACCUGGAAGCUUUUACUGGCAAGGUCAAGUGAUGACAGCAGGGAUAGCUGAGAUACUGAACGGUUACUCUUUGAAGGCAAUCCUGAGAAAGGUUCCAGGAGAGAAAUACACUCGAGCGGCUGAGGACACACAUGAUGACAGCUACCUCGGUUACUCUGUGGCGGUGGGGGAGUUUACGGGAGACUCUGAACAAGAGCUGAUAGCUGGAGUCCCGAGAGGAGCACAGAACUUUGGAUAUGUGGUAAUGAUCAACUCCACCAAUCUGACCUUCAUCCAGAACUUCACAGGCGAACAGAUGGCCUCGUAUUUUGGCUACUCGGUGGCUGUCACCGACCUGAAUGGAGAUGGGAUGGACGACGUGCUGGUCGGGGCGCCCCUCUACAUGGAGAGAGAGAUGGAGAGCAAACCCAGGGAGGUGGGCAGGGUUUACUUGUACCUGCAGAUGGCACCGCUCACAUUCUCCAAUCCCGUCGCCCUCACCGGCACGCACACCUUCGGACGCUUUGGCUCGGCUAUAGCACCGCUGGGAGACAUCAACCAAGAUGGGUACAAUGACGUGGCGGUGGGCUGUCCAUUCGGAGGCGAGGACCGUGGAGGCAGAGUAUUGAUCUUCAACGGUAACAGGGACGUAUCCACACAAGGCUUGGUGCUGAGCCAAGAGCUAAGAGCAGCCUGGACCCCAAGUGGCAGCUUGUCGGGAUUUGGAUUCACUGUGAGAGGAGGCCAAGACCUGGACAACAAUCAGUAUCCUGAUCUGAUCGUGGGGGCGUUUGGCUCAGGCGAGGUGUCGGUGUACAGAUCCCGAGCUGUAGUGUCUGUGGAAGCUGCACUGAACCUGACACCCAGAAUCCUGAACCCUGACGACCGACAGUGUCACCUGCCUGAGACAGACAUCAUGGUCACCUGUCUGAAGGUGGAUGUGUGUGCAGCAGUGAGCGGUGUGGGGAUCCCCAGCUCUGUGGACCUGAGAGCGGAGCUGCAGCUGGACUGGUUGAAAGGCAGCAGAGGGGGAGUAAAGCGAGUUCUCUUCCUGGAAACCCAGCAGCCUCAGCACAGGGGGAUCCUAACGCUGGGUCGUAGCCGCCCACGUGCAUGCCUGAGCUACACCAUUUACCUGAAAGAGGACGAAGAGUUCAGGGACAAGUUAACACCCAUCUCACUGGCUCUGAACUACAGCCUCGCUCCUCCCCCACCGGGACAAAACCUCCCACCUGUCCUUAACCACUACAGCAGCACUUUCCUCCAAGAGCAUGCCUACAUUCUCCUGGACUGCGGAGACGACAAUAUUUGUAUCCCCGACCUGCAGCUCUCUGCCAGCAUAGACCAUUCAGAGCUGGUGAUUGGAGAUGACAAUCUGGUCAUGUUGACCAUCACUGCGGUGAACCGAGGAGAGGGAGCCUACGAGACAGAGCUACACACACUGAUACCACCAGAGGCUGACUACAUCGGAGUGGAGCGCAGGGUGGAGUCUCUGUCUCAGCUGAACUGCGAGUACAAGAUGGUCAAUGAUUCCAGGAUGGUGGUGUGUGACCUCGGGAACCCAAUGGUAGCCGAGACUGAGCUGUCUGUUGGUUUGAGGUUUGCUGUGCAAAGGCUGGACGAUGCCGGACCGAAAAUCAGCUUUGAGCUACAGAUCCACAGCUCCAACAAAGAUAACUCCAACAGCAACCCAGUCAGUUUGAAUCUGUCCAUCGUUGCCCAAGCUCAACUGGAUUUACGUGGGGUGUCUCACCCCUCUCAGGUGGUGCUGCCAUUCCCGCGCUGGGAACCCAAAGAGAAGCCUGUCAAAGAGGAGGAAGUGGGACCACAAGUAACUCACAUCUAUGAGCUCCACAACUCUGGUCCCAGCAGUAUCCGAGAGGCCGAGCUUCAAGUCGGCUGGCCGUCCCGUUUCCGUGAAGAGAACCUGCUGUAUGCCAUGGAGAUUCAAACUGACGGACCAAUUAGCUGCCGGACGAACACCAGCCUCAACCCUCUCGGCCUUCAGAUCUCCGCUCUCCAGGACACACCUGAGUUAUUGGGUUUCCUGAGGAACACCAGUUCUCCUCCAACCCGCCACAAACGAGCCGUCAGCACAGAUCAGAGUUACAGCGGCAAAACCUUGAACUGCACUAAUAUCUCCUGUCUGAGGAUCACAUGUGUGGUCGGCCGGUUGGACCGCGGGCAGAGCGCGGUGGUUAAGAUCCGCUCGAGACUCUGGGCACAUACGUUCUUGCAGCGGCGUAAUGACCCAUACGUCCUCAACUCCACUGUGUCCUUCAUGGUCACAGCCAUGCCUUAUCGGAUCCAACCCCACAGCCUGCCUCAGCACAGCACCUCGAUGGGGACCCUGGUGUUGUGGGGGACUCCUGAUGUCUCGUUUGCUGUUCCCCUCUGGGUCAUCAUCCUGGCCAUACUGCUGGGGCUGCUGGUGCUGGCCAUGCUAACGCUCGCCAUGUGGAAGUGUGGUUUCUUUGACCGGGCGCGGCCGCCAACUGACGACAACGUCUCUGACCAGGAGCGGCUGACGUCGGAUCAAACAGGGGACGCCUAAGUCGAUGCAGGACAGCCCCUGAAUGGAGGACUGCGGUUUGGGAGGGAUGUGCACCUUCUGAGUAACUUGAAUCAGAUCUGAGAUCUGUUGCCAUUGGACCCUACAUUCCUUGGCUGCACAUCUUCUGCCUCUCUAUUAAUGACAUUGACUGAAAGGACAGACGGAAGACUGCAGCGCCGCUCCGGCUUGGACAAGGAGAGAGGCUCAAACCAGACAGAACGGGACCAAAACACACUAAACAGGCUCAAUCACACACACAUGUCUAUUGUUUAUCCAUCGCAAUGAGGCACCAGAACUGAAGACAGCACGGACUUUGUUGUGAGGGCAAUGCUUUUAAUGUUUCUGAAUGUUUUCAUGUGUCUGUGUAAGCGAGGCACAAAGAGACAUGAGGUCUAUGCACAAGUGCUUUUGUGAGUGUUUGUCUGUUUGUGAGUGAGUGGUGAGUGAGUGAGUAGUGAGUGAGUGAGUGAGUGAGUGAGUGAGUGUGUGUGUGUGUGUGUGUGUGUGUGUGUGUGUGUGUGUGUGUGUGUGUGUGGGUGUGGGUGUGUGCAGUUACUGUACAUAUGUGUGUGUUUAUUAUGUGCCUCUUGUGUGAGCCCUUCAUUCACUUAUUGAAUUCCUUCCCCACCUAAUUUAAUUUAUCCUGGUUCUUCAGAGCAGGCUGUGUACAGAUUACACACACACACACAUAUACAUAGGAUCCGCAUUCAUAAACAUAAAGGCACAGAGUUAACGUGUAUAUUUAAGAAUGUAUGUGCAAUAUUUGGGUGUUGCGUGAUACUGAAGCUUGUUUACACUGGCAUUAUUUUUAUCAGAGCUUAAUGUUUCCAUUGUUUAUGUAUAUAAGUGUAUAUUCGAUUUUAGCAUUGCAGAAGCAACUGAUUAGAGUGAUUUAAGCCACAUGACAUUUCAAAACGAAUAGAGUGGGGAGACAAAUACAUAAAUAACUUAUUACUGUGGUCUGUUCUUUUGGAUUCGAUAACACUUCAAAACCUGUUAAGAUAAAGAGUCCAGAACAAAAACACACUGUUGACCAUCUGAGGCACUGCUGCACCAACUGUACAGCAUUUAGCUGCGUCUGUUUAAUGUCAUUUGUUUAUGUGAUAAUAAAAUAUGUCACACACAUGCAGGCAGAACAAAGUGUGAGGGCAUCAUCAGUACCCAGAAUUUAAACCAACCUUGUGUGCUAUUUGUUAUUUGUACCAGAAUAAAGUGUUGUUUUAUUAGUCAUUCUCAUUAAUAUUGGUUUGUUUGGGAAAGCGAACUUUACAUAUUCCUCCUCGCCGUGAAGUUAGAGACUGAAAUCAUCAGCGCAUUUGUUGGAAAAAUAGAGCACAGAAAUAUGAAAUAAAUCGAAAAUGAAAAACG